AAUCAGAAGAUCCGGCUCAAAAUAACGAUUCAUUCACCACGGAAAUACACAGGGUUGCCAAGUCGGUGGUUUUACAGGAAAAUGUGGAUACUUUAAAACUUCCUUAUAUUAAAAUAUUUAACUCUAUACAGUUAUUACCCAUGACUGUGCUGGAUUAUUCUCGGAAAUCUGGCAACCCUGCAAGUACGUAACACACCGUGCGAUUUUAAACAUGGCAGCUGCUGCGGGGUCGCGGUCCUCAACGCAUAAUAAUGCGGGUAUGGAGGGUUUCCCGUUCCCCGUGGCUGUUCGACCGUCCGAGGAAAGCACGAGUAAGGAUCAGACCGUUACCGGAGAGCCGAAAAAGAAACCGUGCCGAGCGUGUACGGAUUUUAAAUCAUGGAUGAAGUUGCAGAAGCAGACGUCCCCGGCUUCAGCGCAGGAGAGCAGGGCGGCGGAGGAGGCAGGACCUGUUGAAUGCCCUCUGGACAGAGAGGAGCUGGGCAGGAGCUCGUGGUCUUUUCUUCACACUAUGGCUGCAUAUUACCCCGACACACCGACCGCAGAACAACAAGGGGAGAUGACACAGUUCAUCAACCUCUUCUCGAAGGUUUUCCCAUGUGAUGAAUGUGCAGAGGACCUGAGAUCAAGAUUGAAAACAAAUCAACCGGACACUCGCAGCCGGCACAACCUCUCUCAGUGGAUGUGUCGCCUCCAUAACGACAUCAACCUCCGAUUAGGCAAGCCAGAGUUUGACUGCGGCAAGGUGGAUGAGCGGUGGCGAGAUGGCUGGAAAGAUGGAUCUUGUGACUAAAAAACUUCCAACACCAUCAUGAACAUGGGCAAAGUGCAGCAACACACUGAUUCUGUGGACCUGUCCUUGUUUGUUGCAAGUGUAUAAACACGAUACAUGUUGACUUUGCACUAACUUGAGUUAUUCUGUAUUGUGCUUUAAAUCAAGAGCAAUGCUGUCUACAAGAGUAUGGUGUUAUGGUCCGUAAUGUUUUGUAAUUAUUGAGCUCUCAAUGCGUGUGAAUAGCCCAGAGACACCUGGGUGCACUUAAAGAUCUGUGUGACAGUCGGCGGGCAAAAUUGUUUUGUUUAGAGCAGUGGUCGUCAGUUUUUUUGAACUUCAAGAUCCCUCAUUGUAAAACAAUAACUGAAUAUUCUACGAGAUUUUUGGAUACUUUUGAAAGAAUCACAAAGCUGCCCGAUUGAUUAAAACGUUGAGUGGCAAUGAAAGAAAUAUUUUAAACAUUAAAAAUUUACAGCCAUGCUUUUGUAAAACGUAGACGAGAUUGUUUUUUCAUUAGAAAAGAUAUGUGGAGAAAUAUGUCAUUGCAUCACUAAUAAUGCAUCCUGUGAAGUAAAUGGGUGCCGUCAGAAUGAGAGUCCAAACGGCUGAUAAUUAUAUCAAAAUAAUCCACAUGUCUCCAGACUUUAAAUCAUUUUAGUAAAGUAAAAAGGUGUAAUAAAUUCAUCGAACCGGAUAAAAUAGUUAUGUUUCUGUAAUAUUGCCUUCUCCGAUUAAAAGUCGUGUUGUUUGUGUUAUGUUAAAUAAUUUAAGCCAUCUUGUGAAGAGUGUAGUGGAUGAACUGAAUUGUUGGUCAUGUUCAACUGCAUCAAGAUAAGCCUUUUAAGAUAAAAUGCAUUUGCUGUUUACAAAUGCAGCAAGAAUAGGCUAAAGUAUUGUGGUCUGAAUGCUGUAGCCUAGUCUUCCCACACUGCUUUCCUUAUCAUGAAAAAUGUAUUUUUAUUUAUGAACUAUAAUUUGUUGUUGGACUAUAACACGGUAGUGGAGAACGCAGUUGACUUAUGUCUUCGUUCCUACGCAGUACCCUAUGUUGUUACAGUCAAAAUAAAGUCUUAUAGAUUUUAAGU